AUGGCUCCUAUGGACGAACCGGUGACCACGACGGUGACCGGCGGAGAAUCUCCACCUUCCGAUAAUGAUGCCAGCGGCGAGCGCCCUGUUCGCAAGCAACUCAAAGAAACCUCCAUCGAUUCCACCCAUACCGCUGUGAACGAGAAUUCCAGUACCCGCAAACGCUCCUUCGAAGAAUCUCGCGAUCACCAUGAUGGCCCCUGCGAAAACGGCGAGAGUCGGCGGAAGCGAUCGCGAGAAGGCACACCGGAGAGUACAGAUACCAAGAAAGAAGGAUUGACUAUGGGCAUUUGUGCUGGUCCUGGGGCCCAGUCACCUAAUAUUAAAACCACCUCCGCAACCAUGGACGAUGAAUCAGCAAGAUCUCUGACGAAGAAGAGAAGUCGCGAGCAACUUGACGACAGUUCCAAGAAGAUGGAAGCAACGAGCGAUUCAGCAGCAUGCACCGCUCGUUCUGUUGAUGCAAAGUUCACUAUGGAUGGAGAACCCGAGAAGAAGCGACACCGUGAUGGCUCUCAGGAACUGGAAGUUAAACCCGACAAUAAAUUCGCCGCAAGUGCAUUUGGAAAAGCAGUUGCGUCUCCCUUCGCCUCACUAAGCAAGAUCCAGGACUCAACCAAAGACAAUAAAACCCCCGCUUCUACCUCUGCAUUCGCUUCGUCUAGUCUGGCCGCAUUUGCAGGCUCAGAGAGUUCACCUUUCGGUGCACUAGGAGGCUCAAAUACCUCCGUCUUCAACCCUGGGGCCUCGGGUACAAGCAGCUUUUCAACUCCAUCAGUCUUCAGAUCCGCUUCCGGUACAAAUAGCUUUGCAGCUCCCUCUGAAACCUCCGCGUUCCGUGCCCUUGGAAGUGGGUUUACAGGUGUUGGUGGUGGGUUCGGAACUGCUGCUAAAGCUGGUGGCCUGACCAGCUUUGCGUCAGCCAGCGCUCCAGUCCCUCUCGGUGAAUCGAAGGCCAAGCCCCUUGGUGCGGAAGAUUCGGAUGCCGACGAGGCCGACACUAAUGAAGAUGACAACACGAACACAUUCGAGGCGUCUAAGACUGAUGAACGUUUCUACGUCCAGACAGUUGAAACUGGCGAAGAAGAGGAAGAAACUGCAUUUUCCUGCAAGGCCAAGCUGUUCCAUUUUUCAAACAAGGAGUGGAAGGAGCGGGGCAUCGGCACUUUCAAAAUCAAUGUUCGCCGGAAUUCUAAUGGCAUGCGAGCCGGUCGUAUGAUCAUGCGGGCCGAUGGCGCCAUGCGUGUGAUGUUGAACAGCCCAAUUUUCAAGGGCAUGAACUAUGGGGACGCGAGCAAUGAAGCUCCAAUCAACAAACAAAUUCUUCUGGCGAGCUUGGAAGAAGGUCGAACUGUGCCUUUGUUGUUGCGUGUAAAUUCGCACUUUCUCAUUGUCCCUUCUUGGAUUUGA